GGUCUCAUAAUAGAGACCAUCGAUUUGAUAGAGCAGGAGGCUGGGGACGAAAAGAGGGUGGCACAGAUAAGCAGAGAAGGAGGAGGUGGAUGGGAAAAUGUGGCGCCUGAUCCGCGCAAGGCGAGAAGGUCUCCAUCGCUUUCCACAAAGCUGCCCAAAUGGAGAAACCACGCCGCCGUGUCCGGGCUCAGCACAGGCAGCGGCACUCAGAAACUACCCCCGACUCUGCUCAGCCCCUCUUCAACAAGGACCCGACGAGACAUGACAAUACCACCACCAACAACUACGGCGAUGCCCGGUAUGGGUAUGCGCGCCGCGUCCGGAUCGCACGUGCCACGUCAAUCAUCUGUGUCAACAACGGCAUGGUCUACCUCAGGACCCAACAGAGGAGGAGGAGAGAAGAGAAGAAGAGCGUCGAUAUCGGUGGCGGGAAGCAUAAGCACUGGGAUAAAGAAGGGAUCGGCAUCUCUACGGGAUAAUGUGCAUUAUUGGGUAUCGAGUGCGGUUGGCGGCGGGGACCAUCGGUAUCAAAAGAUAUCAUAACCUCAUCAACAAACUUAAGCAUAUAUGGGAGCGGAAGUGGACAAAACAGGAAAAGGCUGCACUGAUAGGCGUUGGGACGAAAAAAAUAAAAGUGAUACCAAGCAGGAUGAAUGGGAAUUAGGGGAGGGUUAAUUUAGAGUUGAAACUUCUCUUAUGUG